AUGCUGAGCAGAUCAAUACGACGGUCCAUAUUGGACUCGAGGAUACCAACAUCUGCAUUACCUCCGACCUUCCUCCCAAAUCGCGCUCGAUACUUCAACUCAACCGUGCAACAUGUCGAUGCACCGGCCGAAAGCCUUGAUGCUUCAUUAUUAGCUACGAAUGCCUCUACAGAAGCUCUAGAGACCGUCGCUCCUGUUCGCCGAACUAUUCGACAAAAGGUUCCGCUGCCACCAGCGCCGUUUACUCAGCCCAUAGCUCUCGAUGCCUCUGUCAAAGAGAUGCUUCCUCUCCUGGCCGCUCAACCAUCCCACUACAUAAGCGCACACAUCCACGCCAAACCAUACCUCGUCACUGCUGGAGAUACAGUGCGGCUGCCAUUCCACAUGCCUGGAGUUGUGCCAGGAGACAUUCUACGCUUGAACCGAGCAUCGAGUCUGGGUUCCAGGGACUACACGCUGAAGGGAACGCCAUAUGUGGAUGAGAGGGUCUUUGAAUGCAGGGCAAGAGUCAUGGGGACGGAAGCAGAGCCCAUGCGGACCAAGGAGAAGAAGAAGCGGAGGAAUAGGAGGAUUAAUACGGUCAAGAGCAAGCAUAAGUUUACGAUUUUGAAGAUUGCGGAAAUCAAGAUCAACAGUUUGGAGGAUAUUGAAGGAUCUGGGGAGAGUGUAUGA